GCUCCCAACAGGAGCGGCGCAACUUAGCGAUCGACCAUACCCCUAUCACAGAUGAGAGGAGAGCACAGGUAGGAGGGAGCGGGCCCAGCGGCGGCGACUCAAAGUGAUGAUAAGAGCGUAAGCUGGAGACAGUCGAAGUGAGCGCAAAUAGACAGCAGCAAUGGUGUAGAGAGGAGUUGUAAAAGGGAAAAAGCAAGGAAGAGAAGUUGUCAGCGUCUGGAUGAUGUCCCCUCCCACACCCGUCGUCGCCGCCGUUGAUAUUCUCGCUCGCUCUCGGAAGCGGCUCCGGUCACGGGACCGCCGCCAGCUGCCCGUUUUCCCACAGCUGCCCGAUUACUCAGCCGUGCUGGAACCUCAUCUUCCAUCACAAUCGCAUCCAAACAGCAGAACUGUCACUUGCCCACGCCGCCCAUUGCGCUACUCAGAAACCGAUAAUACGCUUGUCGACUGCCCGUCCCUGCUAUACAUGAUGUCCGCUCCUUCUCUCCUCAAACAGAUCAACGCCCGGCCAUGGCUCAAGCGGAUGAUGAUGCCGCUCGCCAACUGGCACGCCAACGCUUCCGGAUACAGACAAAUGGGACUGAGAGCCGAUGACCUGAUCCCAGAAGAGAACGACACUGUCCAGCUUGCACUCAGAAGACUUCCACCCAAGGAAGCCUACGAUCGCGUCUUCCGCAUCCGACGCGCAUUCCAGCUCUCCAUUGAGCAUCAGCUCCUCCCCGUCGAAGAACAAACCAAGCCAGAAGAGGACGUCGAGUAUCUCAGCCCUAUCAUCCGAGAAAUCGAGCGCGAGAAUAAGGAACGGGCGGAACUCGAUAAUCUCAUCAUCAAGCGAUAAUAUAUAUAUAUAUAUAUAUAUACGCCUAACACGGUGUUGGGUUGUGGGUGGAGGUUGGAGGAGACAUUACCUUGGCCGGCGUCAAAAACCAAAAAGAAAAGAAGAAGAAGAAGAAUUUUUGCGCGGGGAAGAUCAGAAAUGAGUUACUGAGUGGGGUUAUGCAAUUUUGACAAAACUCCUCUUCACAUGCCUCUAUCUACCUCUUUUUUCUAUCUUCAAACUCAGAAAUGCGCUAGCCGAGUGGUGUUGGCGAACGGUGGAAAGAUGCGGUUGCCGUGGUUUGUGUGAUUAGGGGUGGAAUGUUAUAUUGGAGAAUAACAGCCACUGUUACUAUUGUACUGUACAGAUCUACUAUACUUUCAUAGAUGGAAUGGGAUGCGUUUUCUUUUGCAAGCAACUAUUAAUAAAAAAAAAAAA